AUGGUGAUAUUGAAAAGGCUAUAUUACAAAAAUGCCCCGAAGAACAAUCAAUUGACAUCUCUAGAAAUUCAAAAAGAUCUUGUUACUUGCUUUGCAGAAGAGGUGUUGAAAUCCAUUAUUGGGGAAAUUGGUGAUGAUGUAUUUGCUUUGUUGGUGGAUGAGUCUUGUGAUGUCUCUAGAAAAGAACAAAUGGCCAUGGUUUUGAGGUUUGUUGACAAAGUCGGAGUUGUUCAAGAAAGAUUUGUCGGGGUUGUUCAUACCAUGGAUACAUCUGCUUUAAGUCUUAAAUCUGCCUUGGAUGCUUUAUUUGCAAAACAUGGAUUUUCACAAAGAGGACAAGGAUAUGAAGGCACUAGCAAUAUGAGUGGUAAGUUUAAUGGGUUGAAAGCUUUGAUCUUGAGUGAUAAUAACUCGUCAUUUUAUAUACAUUUUUUUGCCCAUCAACUUCAGUUAGUACUUGUGGCGGUUGCAAAAAAAUACGACGAUAUUAAGGACUUCUUUGAUUUGCUUGCCUUGGUUGUUACUGUUGUAAACUCUUCUUGCAAACGAAAAGAUAUGCUACGAGAAAGUCACAAAGAGAGAAUUCAAGAAGAAAUUGGAAAUAACGAAAUUGAUACUGAGGAUAUAAAGGUGCUUGAGUAUGUCGAAGAUGAUGGUGAUAAUAGAGAUAGUUGGCUUCAAGCAAGAGGGUUAACAAAUUCAUUAUCUCAAGCUCUUCAAAGGAAAGACGAAGACAUCUUGGAAGCUGUUACAAAUGUUAGAGAAAAUGGGUUUGAUCAAGUUGUGGAGAAAUGCUACUCUUUUUAUGAUAAACAUAAGAUUGUCAAGUUGGAUAUAGCUGAAGCUUAUGUUAAUACAAGAAAUCCAAGGAAAAGGAUGAACAUUAACACUCAACAUUACUAUAACUAUGAUAUAUUCAACACUAUUUUGGAUAUGCAGAUCCGAGAGUUUGGUGAUCGUUUUGGUGAGAUAAACACCGACUUGCUUCAAAACAUGGCAGCUUUGAAUCCACAUAAUUCGUUUUCUCAGUUUAACAAGUCAAGCCUAUUGAAGUUGAGUUAG